UUCCAAUCCUUCCCCACAGCCAGGCCACUCAGCAUCGGGGUGACUGACCCGAGGCGCGGUGGGAACCGCUUACAGUCAUCUCUCAACUCCCCGAACUUGCAGGGCAGGGCAGCGCCGAGGUCAGUGAAAUCCCCAGCCAGGCCUUAUUUUAGUCAUGAAUUUCCACUGGCUCCCUCCUCUGACUGCAUCAGCGCGGCUCACACCGCGGGCUUGGAGUUUCAGCUGUUUUCCCUGCUCCAGGCUGAGUUAGAAGGUCACACAGACCGGACUCUGCCGGGGGAGACGGCGCAGGGAGCACACACCACCAGUCUGUGCGCAGAGCCGGAGCCAGAGGCCGCGGGGACACCAUGCACGCCCCCAACUGAAGCAGCACCUCAAAGCCGCAGCGCCCAGCAGCUCAAGCGGAUUUCAGAGAGCUCAGACUCAGAGGAACCCUUGAGGAGAGACACCCCCCAUCGCCCCCUUGAAGCCCCUUGCAGGACAGUGCUCACCCCAACGUUCCGCUACUGCAGACAGGAGUGCACAGUGGCCCCGGCUCGCCGCGCCAUGGAGCGGAUCCCCAGCGCUCAACCGCCCCCCGCCUGCUUGCCCAAAGCUCCAGGACUGGAGCCCGGAGACCUACCUGGGAUGGAUUUUGCCCACAUGUACCAAGUGUACAAAUCGAGGCGGGGAAUAAAGCGGAGCGAGGAUAGCAAGGAGACCUACAAACUGCCGCACCGGCUCAUCGAGAAAAAGAGACGUGACCGGAUUAACGAGUGCAUCGCCCAGCUGAAGGAUCUCCUACCCGAACAUCUCAAACUUACAACUUUGGGUCAUUUGGAAAAAGCAGUGGUUCUGGAACUUACCUUGAAGCAUGUGAAAGCACUAACAAGCCUAAUUGACCAGCAGCAGCAGAAAAUCAUUGCCCUGCAGAGUGGUUUACAAGCUGGUGAGCUGUCGGGGAGAAAUGUUGAAGCAGGUCAAGAGAUGUUCUGCUCAGGCUUCCAGACGUGCGCCCGGGAGGUUCUUCAGUACCUGGCCAAGCAUGAGAACACUCGGGACCUGAAAUCUUCACAGCUCGUCACCCACCUUCACCGUGUGGUCUCAGAGCUGCUGCAGGGGGGUACCUCCAGGAAACCGUCAGACCCAGCUCCCAAAGCCAUGGACUUCAAGGAGAAACCCAGCUCCCUGGCCAAAGGCUCUGAAGGCCCUGGGAAAAACUGUGUGCCAGUCAUCCAGCGGACUUUCGCUCACUCGAGUGGGGAGCAGAGUGGCAGUGACACGGACACAGACAGUGGCUAUGGAGGAGAAUCCGAGAAGGGUGACUUGCGUGGUGAACAGCAGUACUUCAAAAGCGAUCAUGGACGCAGGUUCACCAUGGGAGAAAGGAUCGGUGUUAUUAAGCAAGAAUCUGAAGAACCCCCAACAAAAAAGAGCAGAAUGCAGCUCUCAGAUGAUGAAGGCCAUUUCACGGGCAGUGACCUGAUCAGCUCCCCGUUCCUGGGCCCCCACCCACACCAGCCUCCCUUCUGUCUGCCCUUCUAUCUGAUCCCACCGUCAGCAACUGCCUACUUGCCCAUGCUGGAGAAGUGCUGGUAUCCCACCUCCGUCCCCGUGUUAUACCCGGGCCUCAACGCCUCUGCGGCAGCCCUCACCAGUUUCAUGAACCCAGACAAGAUCUCAGCCCCCUUGCUCAUGCCCCAGAGACUCCCUUCUCCCUUGCCUUCCCAUCCGGCCAUUGACUCCUCUGCCUUGCUCCAAGCUUUGAAGCAGAUCCCCCCUUUAAACUUAGAAACCAAAGACUAGGGGACCCUGCUGCUUUGCUCUCCUUCCUCCCUACUCCCCCGCCCCUCCAAAAACAAAACAAAACAAAACAAAAAAAAAAAGUGUGACUACAGCAAGAUUGUUCUAGCGUGUAUGCUGAGAUAAUCUGAGGCAUGGAGAGAAGAUCUGGGGUGCGUGUAUGCACGCAUCUCUGAGCGUGCCUCGGUUGUCGCUAUAGGACAUGAAAGCUCCUUUUGGCCUAGGGAAGAUAAUGAAGGAUGGCCUGACAUCAGAAGAUUUUGGGGGGGAUUGUAGCAGAUCUCUGGGCUUUCCCCCAUCCCAGAGAAUAGCCCCCUCAGAUACAGAAAAAAUCAGCUGGAUUUUUCAAAAGCUUCAAAGUCUUGGUCUGUGAGUCAGUCUUAAUUUUGGGAGCCAGGUCUGUGGCUUUGAGAAAAAGGUACUUUCAAAAGAGGGCUUUCCAGAGUGCCGUUCCCAGCCAGCUCUCAUAACCCCACCCUUCUCCCUUUUAUUGUUGCCGUGACUCACCAAACGGGGAGAGGGCGGGCAGCCGCACGGAGCCUUCUGCUAAGUGGUGAGGUAGCAGACACUGGCAUAGCACGGUAGUGGUUUGGGGAGAUUUUCUACAGGUCUGCUCCCCACCCCCUGCCUCCGAUGAAUAAAGAGAAUGUAGUUCCUACUCAGGCUUUCAUAGUGAUUAGCUUAAUAAGGAACUGAAAAGGGCCCCCUGGUAAAGCUGAGCUGCCAGGGAAUGAGGGAGGAGUCCCUUGGGCCUCUGGUACCUGUUUCUAAGUCUCACCUAGAAAACAAUCAUGCUGUCCCGGGAACCAAAGCUGGGUCUGAGAAACGCAGGUGCCUAAGUUCCAGUCACCCCCAAAAUGCAUAAAGCUAAGUAACAAAUUGCUACCUUCAACAAGCAGAGCUAGACUCGGUUUGCAGUUCUAUCCUAAAACUCCUUUUAACCAAGCUUAGCUUAAAGGCCUAACCAGCUCUUGGCACAGCAAGAUCCUUUCUGCAGGCUAAUGCCCCUCGCCCAAAUGGCAUAGGGAGUGUCCUUAUUGCUAAAAUGGAUUCUGUCUCCUUCAAAGAAGUUUUAUUUUUGGUCCAGAGUACUUGUUUCCUGACUUGUCCAGCUAGCCCUGCACCAGCUUUUCAAAAUGCACUACGCUUGAUCGCCGAUCGUGUUCUAACUUUUUCUUUUCCUGUUUUUAUUUUGGUAUAAAGUCAUUGCCCUUAUUUGUAAAACUGUUAUAAAUAUAUAUUAUAUAAAUAUAUUAAAAAGGAAAUGUUUCAGAUGUUUAUUUGUAUAAUUACUUGAUCUACAAAGUGCGAAAAAUGAAUGUAUUCCUGUUUUUGAAGAGAAGAAUAAUUUUUUUCUCUAGGGAGAGGUACAGUGUUUAUAUUUUGGAGCCUUCCUGAAGGUGUGAAAUUGUAAAUAUUUUUAUCUAUGAGUCAAUGUUAAGUAGUUGUUUUAAAAUACUUAAUAAAAUAAUCCUUUUCCUGUGGAAGAGAAA